UCAAGCCCAACUUCCCUUCAGACAAUUAACCUGAACACACUGACGAUUCUCGCCUGGCUUUCAUUCGCUGCGUGCCACCUCUUCGGCGUAGUGCAUCUAUCAAACAAACCAGGUAUCUCAUGGAUCUCGAAUCUUAGCUUCUUCCACUUCCGGCCAUAUCAAUUAUUUCUAAUCCAAAAUUAUUCCCUGUUUAAACUAUUUCCGGAUCUGAAAGCAAUUACUAAAAGGUAAAAUUUGGUCCACCGAUUUAUACAAAUUUUAUCGUAUCUCCGAUUUUUAGAUUUUGGUUGUGUGCUUGAUUGUGUGCGUGUGUGUAUGUUUUAAGUUUAUUUUUGAUCGUGUUGAGCGCAAAUCUUCCCUUUUUCGUGAUUAGUCAAAUGGUAUCAUGACAAGUCAAAUAACCCAAUUACGCACAAACAAUUUCGACUAAUACUGUUAACUUUUUUUUUACUGUAAACAAUAUAUACAUCUGUGUGUCUAUAUAUAUAUAUAUAUAUAUAUAUAUAUAUAUAUAUAUAUAUAUAUGAGUGUGUGUAUCAUGUAGUUGUAUAUCAUCUGUCAUAAUAUGUAUUUAUAAUUUGUACAAACACGCAUGCAAUCAGAUUAUUUUUUUAGUUAACGUAAACAUCACUUUUAUAAUUUUACUUGCAGCAUGGUUUAUGUACAAUUACAUUAUUUGGAAUGUUUUUUCUGUCAAUUGAAAUAGCUUCACAUAUAAUGAGUUUACCUACACUCAUGAACAUUUACUGUUAAAGUUAUUAUGGGAAUUCAGUAAAUGCCUGUCUGACUAAAAACUGUAUCAAUUGAAUUAUUCUUGGUUCUCAUGAUCAUGACAAGUAGUCCACAAAUACACCCAUGCUUAAAAUUAAUCACUGCAAUACUUGCUGACUUUCGGAUUUUCACCACUUUAUUUGUACUUACAAAAUACAUCUAUACAUAAACACAAGUGGUGUUAGUAUAUAGAUACUCCAUAUCAUUCACAUGGAUUAUUUUCUUUCUACAUUUAAUAGGGUAGGUAAGUGGAAUCGUGAUAACAAUGGAAGGUGCAGUCUCAUUGCUUGUCUCCUCUCCGCCUACAUGGAUCUCGAAGAAAAGGUCUGUGGAGGAGACUAAUCAGGAUGAUAUUAUUGUGGAUGUACAAAAUCUAUUUAUCUCAAAUUCAAAUGACAGUGGAGGUGGCUGUAAUGGUGUUUCUGGUUCGCCUUUUGUUAGUAGGACAAUACACGGUGGAAGAUGUUGCCGUGUAGAGAAAUAUCCUCUUCCAUAUCUCAUGGAAGAAAAAAAUAUUGCAUUAUAUGAAAGGAUUGUUGCUCUCAGCAAAAUGUCUCUUUCUUUUUACGAGAAAAAUCAUCCAGGAGAGUCAUAUGAGUUUGACAGUCUCAAGCAUGUGAAGAGUGCACCCAUUCUUGGCAUAACAUAUUUCAUCACCUUUUUGGCAAAAAAAUUGGGGGCAGAUGGUUGUCCUUCAAGAAUGUUUAGAGCCCGAGUAAACGAGCCUAAGAGCAGUGUCAAAGUGCUGAAAUGUGAGCUGAUAAAUUAACUUGGGUAUUGCUCUCGAUUCUGUUACUGACAUACUGUUUAUGGAGUACUGUAAAUGUUUUAAUGGUUGCUAAUAGUAAAUAUAUCUAUGGGCCACUUUGAAGUGAAGAAAUGUGAGCUGUUAAACUGGCUUGGGUAUUGCUUUGUGCCUACUGCCUUUGGCUUCGCUUCUAUUAAUGAGUAAUGACAUACUUUGUACUGUUUAUGGAAAUUUAAUUAUGUUUCAAUAGUUGCUAAUCAUAAAGUUGUCUUAUCAUAUAA